AGAGCUAUGCCAAGUAAAAGUCGAUUGCGUUCGCUCAUUAUGCUCUCCCUCCUCCACGCUCCAUGCUUUACGCUGUUUUCCUGCAUUGACGGCUCUAUUUAUCUUCUCAUUUCCCGCGUUCCUCUCCCAUCUCUUCACCCUAAUUUCUAGGGUUAGGGUUUCAUUCUGUCUUCAUUUUUUGAUAAAUUGUGGCGGGGAGAUGGUUUCGUCCAGCCAUCCUCAACUUUCAUGGAUGAGCGACGCUUCCAGGCACGACUUUGAUGCCGCUUUAAAAGGAGGCGGCUCCUCCUCCUCUUCAGCUCAACCAUCAACGAUAAAAACCAUACCUGAUGAUGAUUCAAGAGACCUCCCUUCAUCUCAUUCUCUCUCUUCUUCUUCUUCCUCUUUCUCUGACGCAGAUAUGGGUUUCGUAGAGCGAGCAUUUUCCGCUGCAGGAGCUGCAGUGCUUUCUGCUGUUCUUGUCAAUCCUCUCGAUGUUGCCAAGACAAGGCUGCAAGCACAGGCGGCAGGGGUUCCCUAUGCAUCUCCACAUCAUCGGGUAGGAGGGAGGAUGGCAUUUGCUGGUCCCAGUUCGAUUUUUCCAGAAAUGCGAUGUUCACCAUCCUGCCCUCGCGGGGGAAUUCUUGGCACUGAACUAUUUUGUCCUCCUGAAUGUUUUCAGUACAAGGGGACCAUGGAUGUCUUUUACAAAAUAAUAAGACAGGAGGGUAUCUCAAGACUCUGGAGAGGGACAAAUGCUGGCUUAGCUCUUGCUGUGCCCACUGUUGGAAUAUACUUACCUUUUUACGAUAUAUUCCGUAAUUGGAUAGAGGAUUUCACGGAGAGGAAUGCUCCUAAACUAACCCCAUAUGCUCCAUUAGUUGCCGGGUCAAUUGCACGUUCAUUGGCUUGCAUUGCUUGUUCUCCUAUUGAACUUGCAAGGACACGAAUGCAGGCAUUUAAAGAGAUCCAUAGUGGAACAAAACCUCCGGGAAUGUGGAAAACUCUGCUUGGUGUUUUGUCCCCUGUUCAGAGAACCGCAAAUCUUCAAAACUUACAAGGGUAUCGUGUGUUAUGGACUGGUGUAGGAGCACAACUUGCACGAGAUGUCCCCUUCUCUGCAAUCUGUUGGUCCACACUGGAGCCUAUUAGAAGAAAGUUAUUAAACCUUGUUGGUGAAGAGGGUAAUGCAGCUAGUAUUCUAGGGGCGAACUUCUCAGCUGGUUUUGUUGCUGGAAGCUUUGCAGCUGCAGCUACCUGCCCACUAGAUGUUGCAAAAACUAGAAGACAAAUAGAGAAGGAUCCAGCCAAAGCUUUAAGGAUGACGACAAGACAAACUCUGAUUGAGGUUUGGAGGGAUGGAAGGAUGAAGGGACUUUUUAUGGGGGUGGGCCCCCGUGUGGCACGUGCUGGUCCUUCUGUUGGGAUCGUUGUGUCCUUCUACGAGGUCGUCAAGUUUGCUCUACACAAGGACUCGUGAUCCAUCCUAGCAAAUAAGAGUGGGGUGAGUUACAAAUAAGCCUUUCCCAUCUCCUGUAACUUUUUGCCCUUUCAAGAACAACAAUAGCGAAUGAGGAGAAGUGGGAGAAAGUGCAUUUAUGUGAUCCAAUGGAAUGUAGAGGCUGUAUUGAAGGUUCUUACUACAGGAAGUUUGGAUCACCAUCUAGUAGCUCGCGCAUUUGUAGAGGAUUUUGCCUUGAUAUUGUGGAGUAUCUCAAUUUUGGUUCCGCGCUCACUAGCAGAAAUUCUCAAAUUGGAAGGCACUCAAUUUUGUUGGUCAAUGAAGCCGAACUUGGAGAAGGGAAAAGUGUGCAGCGGCUGACAUUUUUAAUUUGAAUUGAAAAAUAUUAUUCAUUGUGUUUCGUCUUAAUUUCAAAGGUCCUCGAAGGAUGUGAGAUAACAUGUCAAAUUUUGUUUUUAGUAAUUGUUGGGGGGUAGUUUCCGAUU